AUGAACGCCGUCGGACCACUUGAGUCGUCCGAAGCCAUACUGUCCUUUCUCAAUCAUCCCCGAAAACAGUGCCGGCUCUACGGAGGGGGGGGGAGGGCAGCCAGGGCACCUGCCGGGGGCCCAUGGAUGGGGGGGGGAGCAAGAUUAUAUAAGUCGGCUGAAGAAGAAUUCAAUCCUGCCCCUAACCCUAACGGCGUCGCCGCAGUCACGCCAAGGCAUAUCAAGGAUUUCUACACGCCACGUAAUGCUGAAGUCGGUCAAGAUCAGGGGCAUCAACAUGUUGCAGACGUCGAUGCCAAUGUCGAGCAGAAUUUAGAUGCUGAAGCUAAUGCCAAUGAUGAUACUCAGGCUGCUCCGGGAGAUGAUACUCAGGCUCCGGGAGAUGAUGUUGAAGAUCAGGGGCAUCAACAAGAAGAUGAGAUGUCGACUAUUUUUGAUCCUAGAACAUGGGAAUGUCUUGACAAUAGGAAAAGAGACAUCUUAAUUGAGAAAGGGCCUGUGCGAGAACUGAAUCUACAAUUCCCAAAAGAUCCUACUGCCAGACAUUUUUCUUAUGCUUACUAUUCCAGAAAUUUAUCUAAUGGUGAGAUUGUUGACAGAAAGUGGUUGUUUUAUUCUAAACAUGUGGACAAGGUUUAUUGUUUUUGCUGCAAGUUAUUUAAAUCAAAUCGGAACAAGUCUCAUUUAGCAUCCGAUGGAGUCAGGGAUUGGAAGCAUCUCAGUGAGAAACUGAAAACACAUGAGAACAGUGAGGAGCAUUUGACAUGCAUGAGUACAUGGAACGAGCUUCGGCUUAGAUUAAGCAAAAAUAAAACAAUUGAUGAUGAGAUGCAACGGGUAAUUGCAAAGGAAAAGGAGCGUUGGAGGCAUGUCCUGAAUGAGUUAAUUCAAGUUCUUGCUGAUGCUGUGAAAAAUCAUAUCUUAAAGAUUGUCAAAGAUGCCAAGUAUUUUUCCAUUAUUUUGGAUUGUACCCCAGAUGUGAGCCAUGAAGAACAAAUGACACUAAUUAUACGUUGUGUUAAUAUGUCAAGAACAAUUCCAAGAGUUGAGGAAUUUUUCUUGGAGUUCUUACGGGUUGAUGACACCUCUGGAUUGGAGCUUUUUAAUGUUUUAUUGGAUGCACUGCGGUCUCUUGGUUUGAACAUUGAUGAUGUGAGAGGCCAAGGUUAUGAUAAUGGUUCGAACAUGAAGGGGAAACAUCAAGCUGUUACAUUCUUUGGUGUUAUACAACGGAUAUACUGUCUGUUUGCACGCUCUACUAAAAGGUGGAAAAUUUUGAAGGAUAAUGUUGAGAGGUUUACUGUCAAACCCUUGUCUGAUACUCGUUGGGAGAGUCGAGUAAAGAGUGUGCAGCCUAUCAGGUAUCAAACCCCGCAAAUAAUAUCAGCUUUGAACGAACUAGAAAGAGUUGCUAAAGAUGAACAUGACUCCAAAACAGUAAGUGAUGCUCAAUCAUUGGUAACUGCACUUCAUAAAUUUGAAUUUAUAGUUGGCAUGGUUAUCUGGGAUGAUAUUUUAUCUACUAUCAACAUGGUGAGAAAAAAGUUACAAUCUAAGAUUGUGUGCUUAGAGGCGACUCUCAAACAAAUUAAAGGGGUCAUCACAUAUUUCCAGAAGUAUAGAGAAGAUGGCUUCGAUGCUAGUAUUGAGACUGCAAAAUCCAUUUCAUCUAGUAUAGGCAUAGAGCCAAAAUUUCCUACAAAACGUCAAGCUAAAAGAAAGAAGCAUUUUGAUGAAGAAGAUGAUGAAAGUGAAGAAUUACAAUGUUCAACUAUUGAAACCUUUAAACAUGAGUAUUUCCUAGUUGUUGUGGAUACUGCAAUUGCUUCAUUGACUAGUCGAUUUGAGAAGCUAAAGGAAUUUGAGGAAAUAUUUGGUUUCUUAUUCAACUCAGAAAAUCUGAAAUCCUUGGAUGAUAAUGAUCUACGAAAGUGUUGCGCUACUUUUGUAAAGAAAUUUUCUCAUGACAAUAAGUCUGAUGUAGAGUUGGAAGAUUUUUUCUCUGAACUAAAAGUGCUAUGA